GAAAAGUAGUUGACCGCCAGGCUCGUGGCAAUCGGCUCAGUGGCCAACAUGGCGUCGCCGAAUGAAUUGUCAAUUGAAGAAAUACGUAAAUAUUUAUUAAAUAAUGGUGGUUUAGCUCGUAAUCAUGAUCUUGUUAAAUAUUUUAAAAAUUAUUUAACAGAUCCCCUAACACGUGUUGAAGCAAGAAAUAAAUUCAAAGAAUAUGUCAACACAUUGGCUACAAUUAAAAAUGAAGAUGGUGAAAAAUAUUUAGUAUUAAAAAAAAAGUAUCGAACCAAUUUUGAGGAUGUUACAACAAAGUAUUAUGACAGUGGAUCACCAAUAUCAACAUCAGAUUUUUCAACUCCAACAUCACCAGUUCGUGAUCCACCACCUUAUCGUCCACCACCACCUGCACCAUUAAGUCCAACAUCAUCUGAUAUAUCAUCACCAUCAUCAUCAAGCUAUCGUGUAGCUGACGAUUUAUAUGCAACAGUUAAUAAACGUAAUCAUUCAGAAGUUAACUCACCAAUAGCUUCACCACCAAUUGUUCCACCACGUAGAAAAAGUCAGGAUAAAUUUCGUCUGGAAAAUAAAGAAAAUAAUAUCAGUAUUGAUAAAUUAAAUAAUAGUCUUGCUGAAGAAAUCAAGGAUGAUGAUGGAACAUCAGGAAAUAGUGGCAUUGAAUUGCCAAGUUUUCGUGAACGUAUGCAACGUUUUAAUCAAAUGGCAUGUGAGACGGAUCUUCCUGGGCGUCCCAAUGGAACAACGACCCCAACAAAAAAACGCACCGAGAAGGGAACAGAGGAGGAUGAUCGCGCUUCUGUAGCAUCACAACUUGAUGGAAAAUCAAGAGAGUGGCUUGUGAGAGCAGCACAGGGUGACUAUCAUGCACUUGCUAAAUUAGCAGCAGAGGAACCUCGCUUGACCAGAUUGAAGGAUCCAUCGUCCUAUACGGCAUUACACUGGGCUGCUAAACAUGGAAAUGAAGAUAUUGUUAAAUUGAUUGCUGGAACUUAUAAGGACUAUAUCAAGAGUGUCAACGAAACAACUAAUGGGGGUUACACAGCACUACACGUUGCAAUGCAGUUCAACAACGAGAAUAUUUUUAACCUUCUUGUCCAAGUCUAUGGAGCUAAUCAAGAAAUUCGAGACCACAGUGGGAAAAAAGCCAGGCAAUACCUUCCAUCACAAAAGGCCGCGGUCAGCCAAGAUACAUUUCGCAAAAUAAAAGCAAGAAAAAAACACGCAGAGAAAGAUCUUGGCUUCCUUCGAAUUGGCUCAUUGAACGUCCGCGUGAAACGUACCACGGAAGCAUUCAGCCAGUUUCUUGGAGUCGCGAGUAGCACUAGUAAUAAUAGUGAUAAAAUUCAUAAAACAUGGGGAUCUGCUGAUAAUAUUCAAGAAAAUACAAUAAUGCCACCACCAAAAUAUGCACCAAUUAAAAAACGUAGAAGUAAAAAAGCUCAAGAUUUUUUACCAACAAAAAAUCAUGCAGCUAGUCAACCAAGUACACCAUUACCAAUUAAUAAAGAAAUUUCAACAAAUUCAAGAAUAAUGCAAAAACGACCAUCAUCAACAACAGCAAUAUCAACAAAUAUACAAACAGCACCAGAUUCUGAUUCUGAUGGUGCUUGUGGUUUUGAUUCAGCUUGGCGUGGUUCAGCCCAGUUGUAAAAAAUAUUAUGAUGUGUUUUUUUUUCACUAUUAGUUUGAAAAUUUAUCAAUCAAAGUAUUUUUAUUAUUUACUUGAAUAAAUAUUGUCUUGAAGAUUAGACUAUUGUAAUUUGUCAAUUGUAAUUUUGUUUUUUUUUAUUGUAAAACAAAAUUUCAUGAUGAACAAAUAUUUAGUAAAUUAAAAUUCUUAAAUGGAAAAUUUUUUGCUUUUAAAUUUUUCUCAAUUUCAUUUUUGGUAUCACCAUCUUUAUUAUGAUGUUGAAAGUAAAAAGUCUGUAUGUUCUGUGUUACCAUAUUUCGAUGCCUCAAUACAUGCUGCCACCUACUUAUUUAUUUUAUUUUCGAAACGUUUCUCUCUACAGUAAAAAAAUUCCAAUAAUAGAAAUUUAUAUUAUAUUAUAUUGUAAAAAUAAUUUACUAAACUUGACAACAUAAAUUCCAAUGAAAAUUUAUGUUAAAAUACUUGAAUAAAUAAAUAAAAAAUACCAGGAUGUAGAUUACAAAAAAAUAUGAAAAUAAUUUUCAACAAGUAAAUUUCAUGUAAUCAUUUUUAUAUAUUUUUUUUCAUGUCAACAAUAUUAGUUUAUUUCAACAUCAAAUAUGUAUAAUAUAUUUACUUAAAUAUUUAAUUGACAAUAAUAAAUUCAUUGAAAAUUUAAAAUUAA